AGAAACUAGAAAAGAGAAAAUGAAGUUAGCCAAGGAUAUGUUUGAAGCUGGAGAUAAAUAUAAAAUAUCUAAAUCUAAAAAAAAAACUAAGAGUAAACUGAAUAAACAAUAUGCAUUGAUACAAAAUGACCAAGAAUCUAUGAUCAAACGAGAAAGUACACCAUUAAUAGAUGAACAAAAUAACGCAGUUGUCGUUUGGUCAAUUAGUGAUAAUGUUUUCCCGCAGUUGAGGUUGGAGAGUCCCGAAGAAGUGAAAUGUGUUGAAUUUAACACUAGAAAUGGAAACACCAUUGUAGGAGGGUUGACAAAUGGGCAGAUUUGCAUAUGGGACAUUGAAGGAAAAUUGGAGGCGAUGGGUUUAAAUAUGAGUAUGUCUGAAAAGGAAAAACAACAUAAAAAACAUCUGCACAUGCACAUGGAGUGGUCAUUAGACGUAAAUUUUAAAACUAGGAUCAGACCGACAGCCUUAAGCGCCAUCACAGAAUCCCACGAGUCAACAGUCACUGCGAUCCAAUGGAUUCAUCCAAUGACCAAAGUUAGUGAAUAUUUUAAUAAUAUUAUGUAUAUUGGAUAUAAGUUGGUUCUUACCUACGUAAAAAACGAAAUGGUAUCUCGGUACAUCGAAAUAAGACAGCCACCGUGGUUUUGCAGGAAAAUGUCAUUAGGUCACGUCAUUUAA